AUGGAGGGCGCAGGGCCCCGGGGGGCCGGGCCGGCGCGGCGCCGGGGAGCCGGGGGGCCGCCGUCGCCGCUGCUGCCCCCGCUGCUGCUGCUGCUGCUCUGGCUGCUGCCCGGCCCCGCGGCGUCCCAGGAGCUGAACCCGCGCGGCCGCAACGUGUGCCGCGCUCCCGGCUCCCAGGAGCCCACGUGCUGCGCCGGCUGGAAGCAGCAGGGGGACGAGUGUGGGGUCGCGGUGUGCGAAGGCAACUCCACGUGUUCGGAGAAUGAGGUGUGCGUGCGGCCGGGCGAGUGCCGCUGCCGCCAUGGCUACUUCGGUGCCAACUGCGACACCAAGUGCCCGCGCCAGUUUUGGGGCCCCGACUGCAAGGAGCUGUGUAUCUGUCACCCGCAUGGGCAGUGCGAGGAUGUGACAGGCCAGUGUACCUGUCACGCGCGGCGCUGGGGCGCACGCUGCGAGCAUGCGUGUCAGUGCCAGCACGGCGUGUGCCACCCGCGGAGCGGCGCGUGUCGCUGCGAGCCUGGCUGGUGGGGCGCGCAGUGCGCCAGCGCGUGCUACUGCAGCGCCACGUCGCGCUGCGACCCACAGACGGGCGCGUGCCUGUGCCACGCAGGCUGGUGGGGCCGCAGCUGCAACAAUCAGUGUGCCUGCAACACGUCGCCUUGCGAGCAACAGAGCGGUCGCUGCCAGUGCCGCGAGCGCACAUUCGGCGCGCGCUGCGAGCGCUACUGCCAGUGCUUUCGCGGCCGCUGCCACCCUGUGGACGGCACGUGCGCCUGCGAGCCCGGCUACCGCGGCAAGUACUGCCGGGAGCCGUGCCCUGCCGGCUUCUACGGCCUGGGCUGCCGCCGCCGAUGCGGCCAGUGCAAGGGCCAGCAGCCUUGCACGGUGGCCGAGGGCCGCUGCCUGACAUGCGAGCCCGGCUGGAACGGCACCAAGUGUGACCAGCCAUGCGCCACCGGCUUCUAUGGCGAGGGCUGCGGCCACCGCUGCCCGCCAUGCCGCGACGGGCAUGCCUGCAACCACGUCACCGGCAAGUGUACGCGCUGCAACGCGGGCUGGAUCGGCGACCGGUGCGAGACCAAGUGCAGCAAUGGCACUUACGGCGAGGACUGUGCAUUCGUGUGCGCCGAUUGCGGCAGCGGCCACUGCGACUUCCAGUCGGGACGUUGCCUGUGCAGCCCCGGCGUCCAUGGGCCCCACUGUAACCUGACGUGUCCGCCUGGGCUCCAUGGCGUGGACUGCGCCCAGGCCUGCAGUUGCCACGAGGACUCGUGCGACCCGGUCACUGGUGCCUGCCGCCUGGAGACCAACCAGCGCAAGGGCGUGAUGGGCGCGGGCGCGUUGCUUGCCCUGCUCCUCGGCCUGCUGCUCUCGCUGCUUGGCUGCUGCUGCGCCUGCCGCGGCAAGGACCCGGCGCGCCGGCCCCGCCCCCGCAGGGAGCUCACACUCGGGAGGAAGAAGUCGCCGCAGCGACUGUGCGGGCGCUUCAGCCGCAUCAGCAUGAAGCUGCCCCGGAUCCCGCUCCGCAGGCAGAAGCUGCCGAAGGUUGUAGUGGCCCAUCACGACCUGGAUAACACACUCAACUGCAGCUUCCUGGAGCCACCCUCAGGGCUGGAGCAGCCUUCUCCAUCGUGGUCCUCCCGCGCCUCCUUCUCUUCCUUUGACACCACUGAUGAAGGCCCUGUGUACUGCGUACCCCAUGAGGAGGCCGCAACGGAGAGCCGGAGCCGGGACGCAGAGCCCCCAACCGCCCCUUCGGAGGCGCUGGCAUCAUCCCCCGCGCCGGUGACCAAGCUGGCGUCCGCAGAGGAGGCGACGCCCCUCCCCGCGUCCUCUGACAGCGAGCGGUCGGCGUCGAGCGUGGAGGGGCCAGGCGGGGCGCUGUAUGCGCGCGUAGCCCGGCGCGAGGCCCGGCCGGCCCGGGCCCGGGGCGAGGCUGGAGGCCUGUCGCUUUCGCCAUCUCCCGAGCGCAGGAAGCCACCUCCACCCGACCCUGCCACCAAGCCCAAGGUGUCCUGGAUCCACGGCAAGCACGGCGCCGCCACCGCCGCCCGUGCGCCCUCGCCGCCACUCUCGGGACCCGAGGCCGCGCCCAGCCCCACCAAGAGGAAACGGACGCCCAGCGACACGUCGGCGCGGCCCGAUGAGCCCAGCAGUCCCCGGGCCCGCGACCCGACGCCUCGGCCCCCCGGGCUGGCGGAGGAGGGGCCAGCCCUCGCCUCCCCCUCGCCGCCUAGGGCUCGGGCGCGGGGCCGAGGCCCUGGCCUCUUGGAGCCCACGGACGCUGGCGGUCCCCCGCGCGGGGCGCCCGAGGUCGCCUCCAUGCUGGCCGCGGAGCUGCGCGACAAGACUCGCAGCCUGGGCCGCGCCGAAGGGGCUCCGGGCGCCCAGGGCCCCCGUGAGAAGCCGGCACCGCCGCAGAAGGCCAAGCGCUCGGUGCUGCCCGCCUCGCCUGCCCGCGCGUCCCCCGCGCCAGAGGCCCCGGGGCUUGAGAAGGCGGCAGCCGCAGCGCCCGCGCCCGACACCCCCAGGAAGAAGACCCCCAUCCAGAAGCCGCCACGCAAGAAGAGCCGGGAAGCGGCGGGCGACCUGGGCAGGGCGGGUGCGCCCACUCUGUAGCAGGUGGCAGCCCGGCCGUGCCCGCAGAUUCCCCAGGCUUAGAAGCGCUGCUUGCCACCCCACGUUCCGCGCCUGCCCGGCGUGCCCCGCGGCGGCCCCGGUUCUGCGGCCUCCGGGAGCUUCGGCCAGGAGCAGCCAGGCGGGAGGCUGGGUCUCAUUGGCUCAGGCUCCAGCGGCAGCUCCUUGAUUGGAGCACGGCUCUCGUGCGGGAAGGCCCCAUUCCAUUGGUCGAGGCCUGACAGGCGCUUAGCUGGCGAUUCCCUUCCCAUUGGCCGACGGCUCCGACCAGUCAGGGCCUCAAAGGCCGAAGACAGGAGGGUUCGGCCUAGAGACCACCUCUUACUGGCCCAGAGUGUACUCGGCUGGGGCUACGUUCUCAUUGGUUGAGGCCAGAAGCACUUCUGUCUCGGCUGCCUCUCAUUGGCCAGGGCCUGGCGCCUCUGGCCGGAGGCCUCUUUCCUUGACCGUAGCCGAGGGCUACUUCCCUGGCCAGGCCUCCGAGCAUCUGGUUAUCUGGAGCCUGGGGAGGAGAGCUGGUCUCUGCUCCUCAACGGGCUCAGCGUCCCCGGGUCCCGGCCUGGCCCCUCACGUCCCCUCCCUGUGGCCCCAGCCCCAGCCUCCCUAGCCCUGGCCCCUCAGCUGUCGAGCUGGUUUUGAUGGCCUCCCACCACCCCACAUGCCGCGGGAAUCCGAAGGGCGACUCCAGUGGCCCGAGGAGAUGUAUUUAUAGGCCCCCGGCAGGGCUGCUCCCACCCCAUCCGGGUGCCCCAGGAUGGGCUCCUCCCGGCAGGGGCUUGGCCAAAGCUUUCUUAAUAAAGUGCCUUUUUUUUCUCCUGUG